UGGUGCCAGCCGUAGCCCCGCCUCGAGGGGCGGGGAAUGCAGGGAUUAGCCUAUCAAUGUGCGCCUGGGGUAGCGGUGGGUGGGGCCUGGGAGAUUCGAAAGGAGCCCCGCCCCCUAAGCUGAUUCCCGGACUGAAUCCGUCGCACGAGCCGAGCACCAUCCGCUGGAGCUUAGACGAGCUUCUCCACGGUGGGGAUUGAAGGGCAAUUAUAGGUGCUACUCCCGGGAAGCUUGUCUCGCUCCCAGCAUGUCCGUUACCUCCAGCCUUGCAGCCUGGAGAUCUAGGGGCCUUGGACAGGACGGAGACCUGAGCAAAGGAACACUUUCUCUUCCCGCUCGGGUCUAGGCUGACUUGAUCCUACUGGUUAGAACAUGGAAGAGUUGGAGGAAGAUGUAAAGUUUAUUGCUGAUGAAACCUUGGACUUUGGAGAGUUGUCACCAUCUGACAGCCGGGAGGAGGAAGACAUAACUGCGGUGGUGACUCCAGAGAAGCCCCUUCGCCGAGGCCUGUCCCACCGCAGUGACGUGAAUGCAGUGGCCCCCGCUCCCCAGGGUCUUCGGCUCAGCCUGGGCCCCCUCAGCCCAAAGAAGCUGGAGGAGAUCCUGGAUGAGGCCAACCGGCUGGCAGCCCAGCUGGAGCAGUGCUCCCUUCAGGAGCCCCCAGGUGCGGGCUCGACACCCCGCAGAGUGAAGCCCAGCCCGCGGCGAGAGACCUUUGUGCUGAAGGACAGUCCCGUGAGGGACCUGCUGCCCACGGUUAGCUCGUCGGGGCGGAGCACUCCCCACUCCAGCAGCCUGACACCCCGACUUGGGAGCAGUGAUCGUAAGGGGUCUGCCAGAGCCCUCCACAGCGCAUCUGGGAAGAAGGCCCUGAGCACAAAGAGGGAGUCGCCCACUUGCAAUCUGUUCCCCGCAUCCAAAAGCCCAGCUUCUCUUGCCCGAUCAACACCUCCCAACCGAUCAACACCUCCUGUCCGGCCCACUCCUCCCAUCCGGGGCCGAGCUGGGCCCAGUGGGCGAGUGAUAGCAAGUGAGAAAACCUGGGCAGAGUGUGUGUGUGCGCGGGAGCAGGUGGAGCUGCAGCUGGCCCUGAACGCUUCUCCUGUCCCCCUUGCAGGUCCCCCCAACCCUCUCCGGCCCACCCUGGCCCUGCAGCCCACCACCAACAACUCUCAGCGCCUGGCUCGGCCACAGGGGGCAGCUGCUAAAGCCUCUAGCCGGCUGCCUAUCCCCUCAGCCAUCCCUAGGCCAGCCAGCCGAGUGCCUCUGGCUGGGAGGAGUGUGCCACCUGCCCGAGGGGCCCCACCCCCAGAGGCUCUGCCUGCUCGGAGAGGACUGCCCAGACCCUGUGCCACAGGGCACAGAGUUCCUGUUCCACAGCGACCAAAUCUUCCUGGCCUUGGUUCUGCUCGCAGCAAUCUUCAGCCCCUCCGGAAAGGGGCUACAUCUGCAGCACCCGCCAGGUAAAGAAAUGGGGCAGCCAGCGAGAACUCAGCAGUAUACCGUCCACUCACCGCCUGGUCUUGCCUCUCCUCAGCCUCCCUUGGCCCUCUUGCUGGAGGCAGGCCCGGAUUCUUGCAGAUUCUGGCCCGGAGACGGGAGGAAGAGGCCAACGGCCUGGCCCCCCAGAAGGAGAGAGCAGAGGGGACUUGAGGCACAUUAGGGGUGAGCUGGAGGGGGAUCAACUCUCUGGGUUGAGAGAUUAGGAGAAGAGAUCCCAUCAGCAGUGAAAUCAAAUAGGAAAUGAGAAAAGUAGGCGGGAGGCUUGUCCUUGCCCAGCUCUUGCUUUCAGCCCCGAGAGUUCCAUCUGACUUCCAGACUCUGCUUCACUGGACGUUUCCAUGUGAGUGGCCUCUGCAGCCAACCUCCCCGGCUCUCUGAGGAGCCAUCACACUCUCUCCGCAGCCAUCUCCUCUGCUGGCCACGGGCCUGUUUGGAGAGGCUGGGGCAGGCCCCAGAACCGUUUUCCUGUGAAUGCUGUGAACUCUGUGACUCCUUACCAACCCGUUUCUGAUAAGUUCAUUCCAUUGGUCUGCCGUUUUCUAAAACGAAAUAAAUGUAUUUUUAUAGGCUG